AUGGGCGCCGAUACCAUGCCUUCCGCCCAGGCUUACGAGAUGGACCGUCUCGACUUCGUCCACGCGCUGUUCGUAAGAGCUCUUGGAGACAGGCUUUACCUCGCGCCUCUUGAAAAGGAGAAGGUCCAAAAGAUCCUGGAUAUUGGAACUGGGACCGGGGCUAUGGAAAUUGGUGACAUUUUUCCGAACGCCGAGGUGAUUGGCAACGACCUCAGCGCUAUCCAACCCGAGUGGGUUCCACCCAAUGUCAAGUUCGAAAUUGACGACGUCGAAAGCCCAUGGAUCGGUGACAGAAAGUACGACUACAUCAUGUGUCGCUGCAUGGCUGCUUGUCUCGCAGAUUGGCCGAAGCUCAUGAAAAACAUUUAUGACCAUCUCAAUCCCGGCGGAUGGGUUGAGUUCCAAGACACAAGCAUUGAGUACUAUUCGGACGAUGGAACUCUCACGGAAGAGCACUAUUUCCCUCAGUGGAACAAGACCCUUGUUGAAGCAAUUGCCUCAAUUGGGCGCGAGCCCUCGCCUGGUCCUAAGCUCGAGGGAUGGGUCCGUAACACUGGGUUCCAAAGGAUCAACCAUUCAAAGGUCAAGAUCCCAUUGGCACCUUGGCCAAAAGAUCCCUUUUACAAGGACCUGGGGGCAAUGAACUUGACGCAAGUUCUUGAUGGUCUUGCGGGGUUCACGAUGAGGGUAUUCUGCGGAGUCCUUGGACAAACGCAGGAGGAGGCACAAGUCAUGAUGGCCGCGGUGCGCAACGAGCUCAAGAAGCUUCACUCUUUUCACUCACAGUUUGACUUGUAA